GCGCUGAGAAUCGCAAGAUCGCAGAACAGGAGCUCCUCGAUCUAGAGAAAGCCAGUCGCAAGCCCGACCCUAAGGCGAACCGCGUCGCUGUCCCCGUACCGAAGGUAACUGAGGCCGAAUUAUCUCGUCGUCGAGAGGAGGAGAGCCUCCGUCUUCAACGUGCGGCCGAGGCUGCUAAGAAACGCCAGAGCCGGACUGCGGACGAGGAAGAGUAUGAGCGGAUGGUGCUUGUGAGCAACACCAACAGGGACGAUUCAGUCAUCGAGGCGCACUCCGUGGAGGAAGCGAUUGCGAAGAUGGCCGUCGCCGAUGCAACGCUUCCGCCCGAUCGUCAUCCAGAAAGGCGACUCAAGGCUUCGUUUAAGGCAUUUGAAGAAGCAGAGCUUGCUAUUCUGAAGGAAGAGAAACCAGGGUUGACCCUGACACAGUACAGGGACAUGGUGUGGAAACUAUGGAAGAAGUCCCCUGACAAUCCUCUUAAUCAACAGGCUUCUGAGUAAUGGUCGGGCUGCUGCAAAUGUACGUUCAAGGCAAGUUUUACUUCUUAAAUUGUCUGAUAAUUUUGAGGGAUAAUUACAUACAUAGCAUCCAAAAUAUUGCUA